AUGAACCCCACACUGGGCCUGGGUCUGCUCCUGGCUGGCCUCCUCGCUGUGGAAGGUCUUCAGAAGCCCCCUUUCCCUCCAAAGAAUCACGAAGUCCUGAGCCGGUCCCAAGAGUGGAAGGGAAGGGUGGCCGCUCAGCGCCUUGUGAGGCGGAACAUGGACUUCGGCUUCAAGCUCUACGAGAAGCUGGCCUCCGCCAGCUCCAGCAAGAACAUCCUCUUCUCCCCCAUAAGCAUCUCUACAGCCUUCUCCAUGCUGUGCCUGGGUGCCCAGAACUCCACGCUGGCUGAGAUCAAGCAGGGUUUCAACUUCAGGAAUGUGCCAGAGAAGGAACUGCAUGAGGGUUUCCAUUACCUUAUCCACAGCCUGAACCAGGAGAACCAGAACCUCCAGCUGGACCUCGAGAACAUCUUGUUCAUUGACCGCAGGCUGCGGCCAGAGAAGAGGUUUCUGACAAGCACCAAGAACCUGUACAAUGCAAAGAGCAUCCCCACCAACUUCGAAAAUGUGGAAAAUGCCCAGAAGCAGAUCAAUGACUAUGUCAGUCAGAAAACCCAGGGGAAAAUCAAAAACCUGAUCAGGAAUAUAGAUCCUGGCACUGUGAUGCUUCUUGUCAACUGUAUUUUGUUUCAAGCCAGGUGGAAACAUGAGUUUAAUCCAAAAUUAACCAAGGAGGAAGAUUUCAUUGUGGAAGAAAACAGGCCAGUGAAGGUGCCCAUGAUGUUCCGCGGGGGCAUGUAUGAAGUUGGCCAUGACAACCAGCUGUCCUGCACUGUCCUGACCAUGCCCUACUACAACAACAUCAUGGCUCUCUUCAUUCUUCCCGAGAAGGGCAAAAUGAGGCAGGUGGAGCAGGCCUUGGGGCCGGACACGUUUGACCGGUGGAAAAAUUUAAUGAAGCAAAGGGUUGUGGACGUGUCCCUGCCCAGGUUCUCCAUCCUGGGCACCUACGACCUCAAGAAGAUUCUCUCCUCCCUGGGUAUCACCAAGAUCUUUGAGGAGCAUGGCGACCUCACCCGGAUCGUCCCGAAUCGAAGCCUGAAAGUGGGCGAGGCGGUGCACAAGGCUAAGCUGAGGAUGGACGAGAAGGGCACAGAGGGUGCCGCUGGCUCUGGGAUGGAGACGCUGCCCAUGGAGAGGCCCUUAGUUUUCAAGCUGAACAGACCCUUUCUGAUAAUGAUUGUGGAGAACAACUCAUCCACCGUGCUCUUCCUGGGAAAGAUCAGCAAUCCCACGGGCACAUGA